ACUCGAAAACAAAUCAAAAUGAAAAACUUUGUACAAAAUUAGCUUUGAAUUUACCUUCAAAUCGUGCAUGAAUAUGAUUUUUAUCGCCAUGUGAUGUUAAUUAAGGUAUAUCCUAACUGAUCGACUCACUAAGGACAGUUUCUUUUGGUAGUCUUUGGAGUUUGACGGCCUUGAAAUCUUUCAAAAUGGCUGCCAAACAGGAAAUCUUCAAGGGAACUACAUAUGUACAGUUUGUCUGUCAGAGAUGCUAUCGGCCGCUCAAGAUCGAUCCAAACCUUUCGUCUUUAGAUUCUGAUACAUUAGCUGAACUAACAGCACCACUUUCCCCUCUACCUUCAAAGAAAGAAGGGUCUGACAAUGAAGCCUUGCUACCUCAGGAUCAGAUCAUUAAUGAGCCGCAGGAAGAAGGCAGCGAGGAUAUGGUCAUAAGACGAGAAAUACUGCCAGAAAGGAUGCAGUCAGUAGAAGGGAAUGGCUUCACAUUAAUUGGUGAUACUCAAGUCAUUCAGUCAGACAGCCUGAGCCAUAAACUGAAGGUGGCAACCAAAUUAUUUGAUGUCAUGUCUGAACAGUCAGAUAUUGACCACCCACUAUGUGAGGAGUGCACAGAUACCUUGUUAGAUCAGCUGGAUAAGCAACUAAAAACCACUGAAGAGGAAUUCAGCAGCUACAAAGAGUUUCUUCACAAACUGAAUGAACAGCAAUUAGCAGGAGACGAGUCUCUCUCCAAAGAGCUAGAAGAACUACAGAAAGAAGAAGCCGACUUGAUUGCCCAAUUGGAGAAAGUGGAAGAAGAGCGUAAGAAAGUUUCGGAAGCUUUGGAAAAUGAGAAGCAAACAUCAAGAAAACUUGACGAUGCUGAAAAAGCUUUCUAUAUAGAAUACUGUGAAUACCAGAGGGAGCUUUUGGAAUUUGAAGAUGAACAGCAAAGUGUCGAGAACCAAAUGCGUUACGCCCAGGCUCAACUAGACAAACUAAGAAAAACCAAUGUGUUCAACAGCACAUUCCAUAUCUGGUAUCGUCUUGUUCCAUUUGGUAACCACUCAUACCUUGAGUCAUUGUCAGACAAGUCAAGAGAACUACCACUGUAUGGAUCCGGUGGCUUCAGGUUUCUGUGGGACACAAAGUUUGAUCAAGCCAUGGUAGCCUUCUUAGAUUGUCUACAACAGGAUUCAGUUCAACUCGGAGGAACAAUGGACUAAAGCACUCAAAUUCAUGUUGACUAAUCUAAAAUGGGGCUUGGCCUGGGUAUCAUCACAAUUUACAGACAAAUAAUAGUAAGACCACACAGGCAUUUCUUCUUACAUAAUAGUGAUCUUGACUAAAUCGUCUAACAUUUUUACCAGAAUCAUUCUGAUCGUUGACACGGGACAGACAACUGAUAGUAAGACCAUACAAACAUUUCUACUUACAUGAUAGUAAUCUUGACUAAAUCGUCUAACAUUUUUACCAGAAUCAUUCUGAUCGUUGACAUUGG